AUGGUGAUGCAUCAAACACAACAGAAUAAUCGGAGGACUACUAGGUCAUCAGCAACCACCACCACCACCACCACAUCAACCAACAAUACUUUUACUACUACUACGACUGAUCAACAACAAGAACAACAACAGACCCAACAAUUUGAUGAAACCACCACAAAUCAUGAUGCAUUCGAUCGACGACAACAACAAAAAGAUUUUGAUCAUCAAAUUCUUUCUCAUGCUUUUCCUUUUCUACCCAUGAUUCUACCUCAGUGUCUAAUUUCUGUCACGGACGUAAAAGUUGAUCCAAAAGAAAGUUAUUACUUGCAAGUACCUAUUCAUCGGGAAGAGUCUAUGUUUUCGAUUUGGAUACUCGAAAAUUCUUAUAUUCCAUCCAAGUGGGUGAUCGCAGUGGGUGUUGUUAUUAUUUGA